UUUUGUAUAUAAAAGGUAAAUUUUUUGUAUAUAAUAGAUACAACAAUCGAAUACUUCUGUUUAACAAAAUCUUUAAAAUAAGAGAGUUUUCAUAAAAAAAAAAUUAAUUGCGAUGGCUCACUUUAUUUUCACCUCGUGCCUGUUUCUUUCUUUAUUCUACUCUUCCACUGCAUUGUCAUGUAUAAAAUGUAGUGAUGUUAAAUGCCAACCUCCAGAAGGAUGUAAAGCUGGAAUUGUAAAAGAUCCAUGUAACUGUUGUGACGUAUGUGCUAAGGAUUUGGAUGAAGAUUGUGGUGGACCAUUUGAUAUGCUUGGGCUAUGUGGAAGUCAUCUAAAAUGUGUUAAAGAAGAAAUUCCUGGAUUAGAUAAGUUUAACGCUAAAGGAAAAUGUCAACCUAAAUGUGGACCAGUAUGUCUCAUUUAUUGUGAAAAUGGAAACGAGCUUGAUGAAAACGGUUGUCCAACUUGCAUCUGCAAAACGAAUUGAAAGACAUUAAAUCUAUGGGAUCAUAAUUAACAGACGUCAUCUAAAUAAAACUGUAAUUUUAUUCAAGUGGAAACUUUAUUAAUUGUUAACGAUAAAUUCUCUAAAGGUUUUUGAAUUGAAACUACCUAAAACUUCAAACCUUUGGUCAUAUAUAUAAUGUUUUUGUAUCGUUUUUUAUAUUGAUUACAUUUAAAUAAUUAUUGAUA